UUUAAACUCAAAGGAAAAUCAAAUGCUGUUAAGAAGCAACUUUCAUGCGCCUUCAAGAUCCCGCUCUUGACAGUUGAAAAUUCUCAAUCAUAACGACCAAAACGACGCCGCUUCACCCCUCCGUCGUCCAUCCAAGCCGCCGCAUUUGUAACAGAACCACAUAAAUUGUAUAACAUUCAUGGCGAAACGUAGGGUGGUUGGCUGCGCGUAUUGUCUGCUUCUCGUUUUGGUUUAUGCGCGGAUAUGUGUGUCCAUUAGAUCCGAUCAAGAGAUCAGGGAGAGGUUUUACGGAGAUCUUGUGAAUUCUUCGGGAACAGAUGCGGGGGACGGCAGUAUAGCGAAAAUGUUCGAUCGGGUUUUAGAGAAAGAGUUUCCGGAGAAUGAACAGUCUGCAGGAUCUGAUGGAAGGAGCUUCAACAGCAGUGUAGCUGAUGAGCAAGCUGUAUUGGAGACUGUAGCAAAAAUCACUCAUGAGAAGGUCAAGAGGAAUGAUACACAAGAGGCGAAUGGGACACGGUCAUUUCAAUUUCAAGAUGUUUUUUCCCUAGAACAAGAAGAGUCUGAUGACUCAACAACUUUGAUUGACAAGAAGGAUAAUGUGUUUGUAAUGUCAAACAAGAAAUCAAAGUAUCCAGUACUUCAAGUAGAUUUGAGAUUAAUUUCUGAUUUGGUGGUUGUCAUAGUUUCUGCUGCCAUUGGUGGAAUUAUCUUUUCAUGUUUGGGACAACCGGUUAUUGUGGGCUACCUUCUUGCUGGUUCACUUAUCGGACCAGGGGGCCUAAAAUUCAUUAGUGAACUGGUGCAGGUUGAAACUUUUGCGCAGUUUGGUGUGGUCUUCCUUCUAUUUGCUUUAGGGCUGGAGUUUUCUUUGACAAAGUUAAAAGCAGUGGGGCCUGUUGCUGUUCUUGGAGGGAUGCUACAGAUUGUGAUAUUUAUGUGCUUGUGUUCCAUAACUGCUGUGUUGUGUGGAGCAAAGUUAUCAGAGGGUGUAUUUGCUGGUUCCUUCCUGUCAAUGUCAUCUACUGCAGUGGUGGUAAAAUUUUUAGUUGAACAGAAUAGUAAUAAUGCUCUGCACGGUCAAGUUACAAUUGGAACACUUAUUUUUCAGGAUUGUGCUGUUGGUUUACUAUUUGCUCUGCUUCCAGUUUUGGGUGGCAAUAGUGGCCCUUUACAAGGAAUGGUUUCGAUGGGAAAGCUGCUGCUGGUUUUGUCUGUAUAUCUCAUUGCUGCAUAUAUUUUGUCCUGGACUUUUGUUCCUCGCUUUCUAAAACUAAUGAUACAACUAUCAUCUCAAACAAAUGAACUUUAUCAGCUUGCUGCUGUUGCUUUCUGCUUAUUAUCUGCUUGGUGCAGUGAUAAGCUCGGCCUUAGUCUUGAGUUGGGUUCAUUUAUGGCUGGAGUUAUGAUAUCCACCACUGACUUUGCGCAACAUACUUUAGACCAGGUGGAACCAAUUCGUAACUUGUUUGCGGCUCUCUUCCUUUCUAGUAUUGGAAUGCUUAAUGUACAUUUUCUUGGGAACCAUGUGGACAUUUUGCUAGCAUCUUUUUUCUGGUUAUGUUGUAAAAACGGGUGUCGCUGCAUAGUUACUAAGUUGUUCGGGUUGGCAUGGACAUCAUUCCUUGGAAAGAUGUACCUCCUACUUCUUGGAACUACAGCACUUAGUUUGGUAACAACUCCUCUUCUGUUCAAAUUGACACCUAGUGUGAUGAGCUUGGGAGUUCUUUUGCAUUGGUUCCCCUCAGAAAGCAUCCCGCGUGAUGAGGAGAAAUCUUCCCUUAUUGAAGUGCAUAACAGAAUAUUGUGAUCACCUUCCCAAAUGAAGACUGAUCGAGGGCUAUGAUUCAGAUCUCAGUGAUUUUGUAAAAUCAGGGUUUGGUGCCAUUACAUUUCAAGGUUCCAUUUUUGAGGUUUUAGAUAAAAAGUCAGGAUUCCAUUCGCACCAAAACUCAUGACGAAGUUAUGGUGUACAUAUAUAUAUAUUUCAAUAUUCUUUGCACUGUAAAUAUAAUUUUUUUGGGCCCAUAACCCCUUCAUGCAAGUCAGACAGGCAUGUUGUAACCUAGAGCGGAGAA